UGCACCGCGAGGGUAGAACGCGGGUCUCCCCGUGUGCGGCCCGCCGUUCCCGCUUGCGGCACGCGCGCGCGCGUGUCCGCCCGCCUGAUCGUUCGUACGUUCGUUCUCCUCUCUGUCCGCGCGCGAGUAGUAAGCAGCGCGACACGGUAUCAGACGACGACGUGAGAAAUAAACGAGUAAAUAGGUCGUUGUGCGUGCCAAAACGAGGGUUGCAUUGCAAUUGCAAUUGCGUGAACGAUCGCGCGGAAAUGCUCCGAAAAACGCAAACUCGGCCGAGUGCGAUCGUUCAUUCAUUCCUAGAGUAAAUAGACGCAAGCGCGUGAAAUCGUUGUGAUAGUAACGUAGAUAAAUGUAUCGGAGAGAUAAGUGGUACAUGUAAGAGAGAAAAAGGAGUAUUCGGUGUCUUUAAAAUCGAUUACGAUCAUUUAGAAAGGGGACGUUGCACGGGGAGAAAAAACGCGCAGAAAUUAAACGGAAGAACCGCCUAGAACUGACUGAUCGAUGCGUCGCGUGGACUAGGUCAAGUGACUAAUUAACAAGAGCGACGGCAAAUUAAAGCGGGCGUAAACCGAGUGACAUCGAAAAGUUUCCCGACAAUUUUGCGUCCCAUCUUAUCGCCGAAUCGUCCAACAAAAUAUUAAUUCUUCUCAAAAAAAAAAAAAAAUAAUUUAUCGAUCAAAAUUGAUUCUAAGAAAAUUAAAACCGCGAGGACCGAAUUUGUCGCGUAGGAGUACGCUGUAUAAACGAAGGCACGACGGAAGAGAAGGACGUACUCGUUCGUCAGAGAGAAAAGACGCGAAGGACGUGCAGCAGGUGCAGCAGGAGCGCAGCUUCUGUCAUCGAUCUCGCCGCGGCUGCAGCGAGCAUGGCGUGGCCCGCCGCACACGCCGGAUCGCGUACGAACACGCGGACGAUCGACCGUAAUUGGACAACGAUCGGUUAUUGAUCCGGCUGACGAUCCUUUCCACGAUAUAAUCCUGAUAAUAAUCAUGACGACGACGACAACGAGAUCGACGUCGCCGGUAGCGGCGAUGGAGCCGCGAACACUGGGUCUUCCCGUCGGAAUGCGGGAGGCCCGAUCGAACGCUUGCCGACGCAUCCUCCGACAAUCGCGCUGUCCUCCUCCCACGUAAGCGUCCGGCGACCUCGCAGCGAGGGUGAAGGGGCCGGCGGUAAUUCCGCGCUCGCACUCUGCUUUCGUCUCCGGAGCGAGGAAACGAGAAGCAACAACGCCGGUGCACUGCGCGGUCGCACGCGCGUCGUCAUCCGGCGCGGGCGGUGUUUACAUUCGCGAGAGAAGCGCGAGACGUGGACCCGCGAAAUCGAGAUAUCGAUCGGACUUUCCCUCUUUCUCUCUCUCUCUCUCUCUCUCUCUUUCUCUUGUUCUCUCAUUUGGAGACCGCGAUUCAGUGAAGAUUCGCGCGUCUCGCUCAUUUCCCGCGCGUUGACCAUUGUCGGUGUUUUGGCCCGCGUGAAAAACGCGUGACGUGGACUUGAAAGUUUGCCAAUCGCGUCAGGGUUGGCAAGGAGUGCGCUGAAAAUUUCACCGGUAUUUACAUUCAUAAAAUGUGCGUCUGUGAAUUAGCGAGAGUGUAAUUCAUCGAAUAUUCAUGCGACACGCGUGCGUUUUAGUCGGAUUUUAAAAAUAUGGAAAAGAAAAAAAAAUAUAUAUAUAUGUGUAAAUUGAUAUCGAGAUUGAUUCAGAAGCUAGACAGUCCAGUCCGACUGACGAGAAUUUGAUGACUCGCACGCUAUCAUGAAAAGCAUUAGUAGCAAUUUUGGAGAACGUCGAGGGAAAAUAAAUGACUCAAGAGACAAACUGCAAAGUGCGUUUAUCGAUCGAAACGUCAUAGUUCAGUCUGUGUUUCUCUAUGACAUAUGCGGCCGAGAUAGAUUCGGGUCUCGCGCAACGGAAGGGACGUAGCCUGAGCAGUGGGGGACGAUCUAGAUCGAUACGUGAAGAAUUGAACGCGCGGCGUCCACUCGCGCAAAGUCGCCGAGAUGGACUGCUGCAAUUACAUCGAAGCUUACGCGGCAGGUGGUCACUUUUAUCAGCAGCAACAGCAGCAGCAGUACUUUUGUUACGACAAUGGCAGUACAGUGUACGCCGGCUAUGACGCCGCGCCGAUCUCCAACGCGAUCGACAUUAACGCUCGAUACAACGGGGCGAUACCAUCCAUGUAUCCGACAGAUUACGUGUACAAUCCGAAGGAGGCGAGGCUACGGAAGGCGAUGCGCGAGCAGACUCGCGAGCUGUCGCGGCGGUCGAUCCUGCAGAACGCAAUCGCGAACGCAAAUGCGCGCACGGCCGCGAUCGGCGGCGGGUCCGCCGUUUCCGCAUCGGUGGCCGGCGGUUUCUUGAGCCAGCAUCACCGUUUCGAUUGCACACCCGUGCCCAUGGGUCCAAGCGUGAGCCCCCAUCAAGCGACUGAGCCCUGGUUUCAGGCGCAUCGCCUGAAAUCCGCGCACUCGCCGCGAAUCGGCGAAUGGUACGGAAGCGUGUGCGGCGAUCCGAUCGAAAGGCUGCAAGCGAUGGGCGCGAUGCAUCAGCAGCAACGCGACAUUGAUAAGCCCACCAAGGACCAGCGAAGUCAGGCGGCCGAGUGCGUCGCGGCGGCGUUUUCCUCCAACGGCUACUCGCCGGAUAUCGCAGCGGCAGAGAGAGAAAUCCGCCGACAAGAAACCGCGGCGGAAUACGCCGACUUCGUCGACAGCCAGAAAUGGCAUCCUUAUCAAAGUAGCGCAAGCCCUCAUCCACAUCCGAGGACGCCUCAUCCGUCACCGCAAAUAGGCGGCAUUCUUCACCCGAAUGUCCAGAAUACAAACGCGCAUGGACAUGCACACGGUCCGUGGGGCCAAUUUUGUCACGGCGUAUUACCACAUAUCCCGACCGUGGCUCGUAACGCGGCGAUUCGAGGCCCGCGACACGCGGUUUUCUUACGUGAUCGCACGCCGACUAGACACUGUGCAUUCUCGGAGGACGGGUCGCAGAUGGGUUAUGCUCCGAGCAAAUUGAAUGUCGAUAGCAUCCGUGCAUCUUAUCCGCCACCGGAGCAUCAGAUGCCAAGGCUGCUGGAAUCAGCGGUGGAUCCUGUCAUAGACUCGACGACAACGAUGAAUCGGCGCGAGGAGGAGGACAGGACUAGAUGGGAACCGAAUACCGUCACCGCCGGCAUGUCUCUGGACAAACUCGUGCCAACUUCCACGGAGGGUGCGGCUUCUCGCGAGAAAGAGCGCGAGUCCCGACACUCGAGCGAGCGAUUCGAGCCGAAGAAGAAGCCCGUGUCGAAGCAGCCGCUUCCGGGUUUCCACCAGGCCUUCGGCUCCACGGAGAUCGGCAAGUUCUCCAGGCCGGAGUUCUUUGUGAAUAUGGUGGGCGAAAGCGGCGGUACGAGCGACGUCGGCGAUGCCGGCGACAGCGGCGACGGCGCCGACGUAAGUAGGGAGCGUCCGCUGCUCGAAACGGCAGACGGCACCGCCGCGACGGCGGCUGCUACUGCAGCGGUUAUAACAGCUGCGACUGCAACCACGGCGGCGAUAACCGAUACAUUAGCGACCGCGGCGGCAGUCACUGCGGCCAGCACGACCGGCGCCGGCAGCAGGACCUUCGACGCCGAGGAUAGCCAGGCGACGUUCGCCAUCGGCGAAGGUGCCGUCGGCGGCGCGUAUUGUGGACAGCCGACGGCGCCGCGCUGGCACAGUCCACACGUAGGUGCUAUAGGUAGCGAAAUUUAAGCAGUCAGUCGCGGUACAUGUAGCUCUUUGCAACAUUUGCCGGUGUCUUUGCUAUUAAGAAGAAUCAAGAGGUAUUAUUUGCAGAAAAUUUAUGGAAUUUUAUAUUUUGAGAACGAUUGGAUGGCAAAGAGUCACGUUUAUCACUGUGUCGUCAAUGCAAGCGGCAUUUUUGAGGUUAAUUAAUUGAGAUACCGACAAAUGUCGUUGAUACAGAAAAUACCGCUACAGAUCGACUGCAGUAGGACAGUUGUCCUUGUCUUUAGGCUAAAAACGGUUCCCGUAGCUUUCCGGCGCGUGACAGAUUGCGACGAGGUUGAACGGCAAUAUUGCAUUUCCGAUAGAAAAAAGUUGCAAGUGUAACAUUGGUAGUUUUGAUGUGUAGCAAAUUUUCGAUGACAAGAAACUGCCCGUACUUCAUGUUGCAUAUGCCAGCAGGAAAUUUCUCCAGAAAUUAAAACCACUGUAAUCCCGAAAUAUUUGAUUUUUUACGCCGAAGACGCACGAAAAUAAUUUCCACAUUUAUUCGCUAUAUCUAACGUCAGAAAUGAGCUCGGGAUUGCACCGGUUUCAAUUUCUGGAUUUGUUUCCGUGACAAAAACCUCUGUCGGAAGCCACAGCGCCCGCUCGGAAAGGAAAAGCAGGACACGCGCGUCAUGCGUAACGAAUGCAAGUGCAUCGAUUAGCGAAAGCUGUCGGGGAUCGAUGUUGGCGUACGAAACGUCCCGACAAACUGCGAACGUUCGUCGAGAUUGUGCCUUUCAGAGGAUCGAGGACGCGUCGGGGAUUCUCGUCGAGUUCUCUCGCCUUAUCGAGAAUCAAAGCAGCACGAUACACCGCGUCUCGUAUGCCAAAAGGAAGAUAUAAUCAAAAGAGAUCACGCCGAGACGGAAUCCGCACUCGAUCGGCACCCUUCCAUCAUUGUUGUUAGAUGUCGUCGGUGUUAUACACGCCGAUGAGAGCGAUUAUACAUAUAUAUAUAAAUAUAUAUAAAUAUAUAUAUAUAUUAUACUUGUGUAAUGAUGGAACGAAUAUGCGCGACGAAGAGAGUAAGUUACUUAGUAGAUUCCUUAGAUGAGUACGUAUUGCCGCGCGGAGAAACGAUCAAAUAAAAGUGAACGCCUGCGAGCGUAGGAAGCCAAGAAGCCGACAGGUAAACGCUCUUCCGCUUCUGGAAAAUAAUUGCGAAGGGAGAUGCACGGUGGUUCGUGUUAAGAAUCUACGUUUAAACGUUUAAUUAACUUUGUCCUCUGUAUGUCUAUAUAAAAUUGCCAGUGAAACUGAGAUAAUUAAUGCUAAUUGCCAAUUAAGUCUGGUGCUUAAAUUAUAUUUAAUUACGUUUAAAUAUAGUUUGCAUUUAAGCUUAAUUUAUAUCUAUUUUUUAAUGCAUUAAUUUUGUACAGAAAUUUAUUUUACAUUUUCCGUUCUGUCUUAACAGGUUCAAUGAAAUGCAUUUGACGUUUUGCAGGCAGGUUCUUAACACGCGACCGAUAUCUAUAACUUGCGUCUAGUCUAGCGACCAGUUAAAUCGGGAUAAAUUUGUGUCGGACACCCUGUACCUAUGCUGGGACCAAAUUAAAACGAAAAACUUUUAUGUCGCGUUCACCGUCGCGCUUGCGUCCACGUAAUGGUCGCGUAAAAGAAA